UUCUCAUAGCGGGGCUUUGCAUAUCUCCUGCCCUAUCUGUGUGUGUUGUCUGUCCCUCUUACUGUAGUCCCAGCCCGAUAGUUUUGGAAUAGAUAUGGAAGGAGACGGGAGUCAAGCCACGUCCGGAAGCCUAAAUGAUUCACAACAUGACCCGGGUAAAAUGUUUAUCGGUGGCCUCAGCUGGCAAACCUCACCAGACAGCCUUAGAGACUAUUUUAGUAAAUUCGGAGAAAUAAGAGAAUGUAUGGUGAUGAGAGACCCGACGACAAAACGCUCAAGAGGAUUUGGGUUUGUUACGUUUACAGAUGCUGCCAGCGUAGAUAAAGUCUUAGCCCAACAGCACCACGAAUUAGACUCAAAGACGAUUGAUCCUAAGGUUGCCUUUCCCCGUCGCGCCCAGCCUAAGAUGGUCACAAGAACAAAGAAAAUAUUUGUUGGUGGCUUGUCCGCUAAUACGGUAGUGGAAGAUGUGAAGCAGUAUUUUGAACAGUUUGGGAAGGUUGAUGACGCCAUGCUUAUGUUUGAUAAGACUACUAACAGACAUAGAGGAUUUGGUUUCAUAACUUUUGAGAGUGAAGACAUCGUAGAGAAAGUCUGUGAAAUUCAUUUUCAUGAAAUCAAUAACAAAAUGGUAGAAUGUAAGAAGGCCCAGCCUAAGGAAGUGAUGUUCCCACCAGGUACCCGGGGCCGAGCCAGAGGUCUGCCCUACACCAUGGAUGCCUUCAUGCUGGGGAUGGGCAUGCUGAGUUACCCUAACAUUGUUGCAACGUAUGGCCGUGGAUACACUGGAUUCGCACCCAGCUACAGCUACCAGUUCCCUGGCUUCCCGGCGACGGCAUAUGGACCGGUGGCGGCAGCGGCGGUAGCAGCAGCGCGUGGCUCAGGUAGGGGGGCCCGUGGAAGAGGCGGCUACUUGGCGUACCCACAGAGCACAGGGCCAGGCCUCCCCGAUUAUGGGUUUUACUCUGCGCCCAGUGACCAGAGGGGGGGGCCCUGCUCCUUUGCUGACUAUGGCUCCCUGGGGCCCCAAGCGGCUCAGAUGCUGCACAGUGAGCAUGCCACCUCCGCCUGCAACUCCCCCCUACAGCACCUACACAGCCCGGAUCAAUUUAAGAACCCAGGCGCCAACCCUUCAAGGCCCGGAGGUUUUCCUGGUGCUAACAGUCCAGGGCCUGUGGCUGACCUGUAUGGACCUAGUAGCCAGGAUUCAGCUGUGGGCAACUACAUCAGUGCUGCUAGCCCUCAGCCUGGCUCUGGGUUUGGCCCCAGCAUCACAGGCCCGUUGAUUGCGACAGCUUUUACAAAUGGAUACCAUUGAACAGGUCGGCCGGUUGCUAUCUCAUCAGAGAAGAGUAUAUCUGGUGGCCCAGGACAGACAGGACGAAGUUUCUAAUUGGCUUUGUGUGCAGGUGAUGCUAAUCCAACUCCAAGCACUACAGCGUCACCGGGGCAAAACGAACGAAAGUUGGAACCACAUGAAGAAGAAAAGAACACGUUAGUCAUCUCAGAAAAAUAACAACUGCUGUACUAUAAUCCAAACCUCCUAUAACUUUACAACCUGGUUUGGUAUGAUGUUUCACGUCGAGUUCAUUCACCGUUUUCCUUCCUCUGUUUAGCUUUUCUUUAGGUUUUAGAGAGUCAUUUUACUUUCCCUUGAUUUUUGUGUAAGUUUCUUUGAUAUUCUUCUGCUAGUGUUGUUUAGACGGAUUUUUGUUUGAAGUACGUGGGGGGGAGGGAGGGGGGAUCACCGCCAAGAAUAUCUGCAAGUCUUCAUCCUCACAUUGGUCAAUGUAAAGGAAAAAAAAGAAAAAGAAAAAGGUCCGGAUCUUUCCAUUCAGUCUUUCUGCAAAAAAAAAACAACGAAAAAAAAAACUGAAAAAAGACUUGGAGACACAAAAAAACAACAAAAUUAAGGAAAAUUUAAAGAGGGUAUCUGAGUAAUAAAUUUUAGUAGCCGUUUUAUUUCUUGUGACGUCUCAUUGUAAACCAUAAUUACCUAUUUUUGGGCAAUACAAAGAGGACUCCAAUAUUUUUAUGGUCCUUUUUUAUAAGUGUUGUUUUUGUUGUUUAGAAAUAUAUAUAUAUGCUAUAACAAAUUUCAUAUAACUACAUUGUGAAUUCAAACUUGAGAAAAAGAAAUGUAGCUGUACAUAUUAUUCCAGUCACUGCAUUUAACCAACCCAGUGAGAGAAUAGCAUAUUUUUGUGAUGGUGUGUCAAAAGAAACAUGUUAUAGCGUGUGAAUAGAAGAAAAAGCUGUAAACAGUUAUUAUUCUACUUUUUUUCUGCUGGAAGACGGUAUAACAAGCCCACGGACGACCGAAUAAACACACACACACACGCACACACACACACUUGCUCUGUAAAUACUGCAGCUGAAUAAUUUUACAAGUGUCAUACCAGCAAAUUUACCACCACUGAAUUCAGUCAAUGCAGUUUUGACAAAUAUUAUUAAUGCUAAUUUAAAAAAAACACACAAAAAAAAACACAAAAAAAACCGAGAGAGCGAGAGAUCGAUUGGUAUCUUUUUGUCUAACUGUUACGAUAUCGGUAUCAUUUCAGAGGAAAAGAGGAAGGAAAAAGAAAAUUUUAAUCCAAAGCACACUGUACGCAGACGUGAAGAUCAGAACUUGAACCAGGCAUUUUCCAGCGCUCUGUGCAUCCGGACACUUUUAUACUCCCAAGAGGAACCUGUUAGCCGUGUGUUGAUGUUCGUUUCAUCCUGCUCGUUCCUGAUUCACGUCGGGGGAACGCGACGCCUGGGCUCCGUGCUAGAGCCUUUAUAUACCGCUCGUUCUCUGAACCAGUUCUUUUUUGGACGAAUUAGGAAAGCAAACGUUUUUGAUACCAUACCUCAGCCUUCGUGAGUUCUGUUGUGGAAUCAUUGGCAGGAUUUAAUUUAUUCUAUAGUGGCAAAACAAAUGAAAACACUGAAAGUUAAUUAAGCGAGUAAUCAUUGCACUGUGAGUUGUGAAGUACAGGCCAUUCUCCUAUUUGCACAUGUGUAUGUUGGCUUUUUAACGAAAAAAUAAAGGAAUAAACGGCCCUGUGCUUUGGGAUAGCAUGAAGGAUUUGGGGGUUAGAGUAUUUUUGACUAGACAAACACUUCAAAUGUUUUGAGGUGAGUUAACAGCUUGGGAAAUAGUAACUGAUAUGUUGCAGUGUACACUUGGAUUUCUUUAUAUAUUAGAUCCAAGUCUCUUUUAAGGAUAUUUAUACAGGGUCAAAAAAUGACACUGAAUUAUUCACUAUCUGUCGCUGCACAAGCUUUUACACGGUAUGUGUGGUUAAGGGUUUUACUCAUAACAGCAAUUUAAUAAUAAUAAUAAUAAUAAUGAUAAUAAUACUGAGAAUAAUGUGCUCCAGAGUGCAGUCUGGUUUUUAAAUCCUUCAAUGCCGUUGCAGAUGUUUCUUUUCUUUUCAUUUUCUUGGUUUUGUUUUCAUUUUACGCACUUAAUGUCUCAUUUCUUUUAUUUCAAAAACAACCAAGUAAAGAAAUAUGCUGGAUAAUUUUAAAGUAAACAUGACAUGGAGGUGUGAUCAAGUAAUAAAUUAAAGAGAAAAAAAAACAAACCCUUGUAAUGUUCAAAUGUAAAAGAAAAUAUGAAAUACAAAACUAUAAAAAAAGAAAGAUGCUUCUUUGCUGAUUUCAAGUUUAAUCAGAGUUUUAUUGAUACUUUGUUGUUUCUAUAUUAAUAAUUGUAAUAUACUAUUAAACUGUACUGUGCAUCCAUUACGUUCUCUCUUUCCAUCCCCAUCCUCAGAAAUCCCGCUAUCUUUCGUUACUCAUUCAUGUAUUUCAUUAGUGUGUAAAGAAAUCACAGUUAACUUGUAAACAGAGUGCUGUCUUUGAUACCAGUGUAGUGCUCUUUGUUGUUCUCCCUUGCUCUACCUCUCCCUACUCUCAUAUUUAUCCCUUACCCUCUCGCGCUCUUUUUCUAUCUCCUGUAAUUACAAAGUAGAUGUUAUAUAGGACUCAUUAAUAUAAUACUUGUAGUGGAUAGUGGAUUUAGGACCAGUCAAGCUAGACCUUUCUCUCAAUGAUCAUGUUGUUCUGAUAUGUGCAGACAAUUAUUUUUGUUUGAGAUUCAUUGUAAUUUAUUCCCUGUACGUUUUUUUUUCUCUCUCUCUCUUUUUCUUGGUUUGGUUUUGCCACUCUAACAUGGUUUCAGCUAACCAAAGCUCUCAUGGAUGAACAAUGGAGAAAUAGUUGCUGUAAGAUGGAAUUGUACACAAGGCAUUAUUUGGAUCCCCACCCUUGAAUGUUUUUAAAGGGGUGUGCCAUACUACCUUAAAUGCUAAUGCUAGAUAUGCAAAACUUUUACUUUCUUUAUUUUAUUAAAGAGGGACACAAGCUAAAAUCACGGGAAACUAUCUUUCAAUUUGAAUGAGUUGCAUAUCAGGAUGUGAUUUUAGAAAUGAAAUGAAAUCAUCAGGUCCUUACGGAGGCAUAGAAAUAAAUAACCUCAGAGUCAGAGUGUGAACCUUUAGCAGUGAUAACGUUUGUUGUUGUUCUCUCUUAAAGGAACUCGGUGUAGUAACACCACGGCUGACCACAAGGGGCAUCAUAUCACAACAAAGUGUCCACCUCUGGCCUAAGACAGCGAAGUGCACCUCUAGUGAGACACUUAGCAUCAUUAGCACGGUGUCAGAGGGUCUUUUGUCAACACAGCGGCUCUUUACGCCCCCUUGUGGUCAGAGGCGGUAUUGAUUUGCUUCCAACCAACUUUGGUUUUAUCUGAGUACAGAAAUUUGUUCCAAAAGUCGUUUUUCAUGUUCUGAAUCAACUUUGCAAACUGGAGGCCUGCUGCCGCUGAAGUCGUGCCGUUUCCCUGUUACCGUCAGCGGUGGCCAGCGUUUCUGACCGUCUAAUUCCUGCGGCGGCAGGAACGGCGUGCUGCGUUCUUCACACACUCGUUUUCUCUUCUUGGCUCGUUUUGGUUCGAUGAAUGUUGCAGGGCGGGGCGCCGCGCGGCUCACUGGGCCGAGCAGGCGCCUCAAGGACCACAUGACUCAUUAAUCAUGUCCUGAUAUGUAAAAUCUAACAAUUAAGACACUGUACUUCUGUUUCACAUGACUUCAAGAAAAUGUCAUAUUUUUAUUAAGGCUUUUUUUUUUUUACAAACAUACCAGUGAUUACCACGAUAGUCAUAUCAGCUGAACUGUUAAAUGUUUAUAGGUUUUUGAGAUUUCCACACACGUCAGUGUGACGGUCAGUGUCAGAAAAUACACUCUGAUAUCAUGAUCAGAUGUUUAUGAAAAUAUAAACCAAACAAUCUAAUCUCUUGGAGUACACAGAAAGGAUUAAUAAAAAAAUAUCAGGUUGUAAGAACUGAUGAAUAACUCAUACCAACACUGCAACGCAUUAUCUUAUCUUUAAAGAUGUGGAAAUCAGAAUUUUAAUGCCUCAAAAGAUAACAGGAUGUUGAGAUUAAAGACAAAACAAACGGAUCCAUUCAGCUAUUUCGGCAUAAUUUCAGUUAAGCAUAAAAAAACCUUUGAUAUUGUUUUCUUCCCAAAACUAAAUAAUGUCAGAUUACUGUUGACAAUUCAUAACUGUUACAAUCUCCCCAUUAAUGUUUUAAUUCUGGACCAGUGCAGCUUUUAGGAGUCGUGGCAAAUUAUUCUAAAAUAACUGGAACGAGCCUUUUCUCACAUCGUGUUGUAGAGAAACAGGAAAACCCUAAUUACUCAAAAACAAAACUCCAAAAUAACACGUUUCCAGUUUCAAAUCCCACUGUCUUCUCGUCUGAAUUUAAAUAUGUCGGCGUACGAGUGAAACAUCGACAACUACGGUAGACGUCGGUGAUUCGAGCGUGUUCACAUUUUUACGUUGGUGCACUUUUAUUCUGACAGGAAUAAAACUGUAUGUUGUGUGUUUGUUUACAACAGGACUCUUAAUGUUUUAUCAGAGUAUAAUUAUAACCUAAGAAGCUCCCGAAGAAAACUACAUACACAAAUUUAAGCUAUAUAAAUAUAUCAUUGUUAUUGUUUUCCCUCUGUUUUGUAGCUUGGUGGGUAUUUGGCUAUUAUUAACCCAUUUUUAUUUUGAAAAAGUCCCAAAAUGGUUCAUUUUCCCUCACGCAAUAAAGCAAAUUGACGCCUCUCUUGGUUUUGGACCCUGUAGCUUGGACUUUAAGGUAGCAUGGCUCUGUUGCUGUAAUUUCGUUUUAUCUCAAACUGACAGCAGUUUACAGCUGAUGAAUGUUACACAUCUUAGUAGACUAGCUUAUCCAUUUGGGGAGGGGGAGGGGUUUUGGUUUAAAAAAUAAUAAUAAUCAAAAAGAAAAAAAGUCAACCUGGAAGGCGUUGACAUUUGUAGUGUACUACCGUAUCCAUUUAAACUUGAAUCUUGAGGCAAGUGCUAGGCAAUGGCCAAACAUUGAAUCCCAUCUGUUUCCGGGAAAGUCCCCCGAAACCACGAGCACUUCUGACAUUUCUGUCACGGCAGACUCGCACGCGCUUCACAGUACGAGCGACUGUCUCCCAGAAGCUGGGACAUCAAACGAGCACUCAUUCAGACUCGAUUCCCAACGAAUUGGACUUGACUUUGAAGGCUUGUUGAAUGUUUCUGAGCAUUUAUUUAGAGAAAAAAGAAAAAAGAGGCUUCUUCCUAGUGGUGCUAAUGGUUUCAGACCAGACAAUGUGCCCUUAUCUCUGAGAGGUAACUGGUUACAGUCACAGUGCCCACAACGAGUCCAAGGCCACGACGUGACACGUUAACAUGGCUAUUCAUCGUUUUUUGGCUCUCUUUUACAGGAAUAUGACAAAGAUGAGUUCAUAUUCAUGAAUCCAAAGCGAGCUGCUGAAGCCGACAGAAAUAACACAAGUGGACCUGUGAGUCGGAGGGGCGACUUUCCCUUUUCGUCCGAACCAUUGCCAUUUUCACCCACGCUCAUUACAAUAUACAUAUACAUAUAUACAUAUACGUAUAUAUACAGUAUAUAUGUGUGUGUAUGUGUAUAGAUGGAUAUAUAUUUGCAGUUUUCACUCAUUUGAACUUGUUUGAACAAUAUUAGACUGGAGACCUCAGCUGUAUACAAAAAUUUUCCUCACGAAGCGACAGCCAGGUUCAUCAUGUCCAAUCCUCAUCAUUAGCUUACGUUCAGAAACGAGAGUUAACCCCUGGCGUGUUGUCGAGUUUGGAGCAGACCGCAUGGCCGGGAAGGGGAGCCUGGACGCUCUUCAGACUGCAUGGACGGCAGCGUGGCGCUCUGCCGUGCUUCCAUGUUUCUGCUGGCUGAGCGCAGAGCUCCCCCCGCUGCUGUCUGCCCAUUCCUAACACUUGCCCCUGUUUUUUUAUGUUAACCGACUUUUUAUGGUGAGAGACAGACAGACUUGACUGACAUCUGAAAGCAUCUUUCAGGUUAUCAUAUGGCUUGCUCAAGCCCUAUUGUAAAAUAUACUAAAAUAAUAAUGGUAAUAAUAAUGGAUGGGGGUCUCUCACAUAUCAAAUGUGGAAAGUCUAAUUUUAUAUUUGUAUUUUCAAAUAAUAAUAUUGACAAAAAAAAAUGUCUGUGAAAGGUUUCCAUCCUCUACUGUGGUCCAGAAAUUGAUGUGUCUGUCUGGAAAAUAAAUAAAAUAAACUGAAUUGUUAUAUUA